AUGGGCCACGGGAAGGUGAACACUCUUGCUGGAUUUGCCAGGCGUUCAAAGCCCCCUUCGCCACGUCAUAGCUUGAUUGCCACCUUACAUGGCCAAAUACAUCCACAAACUGCAUGCAUUCUUUUCUCUAAAGUACCCGCGGAAGUCAGGAACCGGAUUUUCUACUUUGCGUUCUACAGCUAUGACGAUGUGUCUAGACCAUAUCCUUCAAGCUCAUACUAUUCACGUCCAGGGUACCGAUAUCACCAACGUAUCAGCACAAAUCUUCUGAUUGCAUGCCGUCGCAUAUAUACCGAGGCCCACAAUCUUCCUAUAUCACUAAACGAACACGUCUUUUGGUGUUCCUGGGAGGGUGGUCCUAGACGUAAAAAAAACACAUCUGAUAGAAACCCCAAGUUUUUUUUCCAAAACAUGACAAUCGAACAGCGGAGUGCCAUUGACCGUAUACAUCUUUUCACUCAGGUUCAAUGGCUUCGAGAACUCUUUGUUGUUUUUUGCGAGCUCAAGGAUAUACACCCCAAGUACCUGAAGAUUAGCAUUCGCCAUACGGAUUGGCAAGAUUGGGACCGUUCGGAAACUCCACUAGAUAUAACACUCGAAUGGAUCAGGGACUUGAAACUGAUGUCGAAAUUGAGGAAAUUUUAUCUGGAGCUGGAAUCCAUCGAAAAGCGCAAGGAUCAAGUGGAUGCCAUCGUUACUAAGCUAAUUCCUCAACGCCUUACAACAGGCAAUUCAGAUGUUUUGAAAGCAGGACAUACAUUGAUUGCUGGGUAUCAAUACACGAGGCCUGCUGUCUAUGUUGAUAACUAUAAUCGGGCGAGAUAUUUCUCGAAGGAUAAUGAUAGUUGGGUCACUGGGGAUGAUCAAGUGGUAGCUGUGGACGAAAUUUUGUGCAUUGUAUCUACAGUUAUGUGGUCAGUAUAG